CAGGAGGGGGAGGCUGCAGUCAGCCGAGAUCGCGCCAUUGCACUCCAGCCUGGGCAACAAGGGCGAAACUCUGUCUCAAAAAAAAAAAAGACUAAAAAUUGUCGGGGCUGCUGGCCAAAGGAAGAUCUUGCCUGGCUGUCGGAAAAUAAUGUUCUUUCCAGCGGCUGCUUGAACCCGCUUCCUUCAGUGCCUAAAUUUAACGGCUGCAGCUGCAGCUGCAACCUGUUUCCCCCAUAAUAGGAAUGAAAGUGGAGGAUAAAAGAGGUUAGGAAGAAGGCAAGCCAGCAGUCUGACCAGACACAGGAUGCAUGUAAGAGACUUGUUAAUUACACGUUCUAUUUAGGUCACACUGAUAGGCAAAUCACUAUUCUGGGCCCCCAGGAAGCCUUUUCGUCCUUGCUAUAGUCAAUUCAUUCUCCAGAUGAAAGCCUGAAACCGCCACAACCCAAGUUUCACCUCUUCUAGCCACUCAAGAGGCCAGCUUGGCGCAGACGCACACCUUCGAAGUCCUCCCGCCCUCACUCCACCACCCCCAUAGGGGGCGGGGCCUCAGAGCUCAGCACUGGAACUGGCUCCAGAGCCGUGAGUUGGGCGUGCAAGAGCGGAAGAAACGCGGCUGGUACCCCGGAAGCAGUCGCUGCAACUUCCGGGAGGUGCUUUAACGCCUGGUGCGGGAGCUACGGGGCCCAGGGAUUGUGUUUGAAGUAGUGCUUCUACCAACAUGUCCCGUGGUUCCAGCGCCGGUUUUGACCGCCACAUUACCAUUUUUUCACCCGAGGGUCGGCUCUACCAAGUAGAAUAUGCUUUUAAGGCUAUUAACCAGGGUGGCCUUACAUCAGUAGCUGUCAGAGGGAAAGACUGUGCAGUAAUUGUCACACAGAAGAAAGUACCUGACAAAUUAUUGGAUUCCAGCACAGUGACUCACUUAUUCAAGAUAACUGAAAACAUUGGUUGUGUGAUGACUGGAAUGACAGCUGACAGCAGAUCCCAGGUACAGAGGGCACGCUAUGAGGCAGCUAACUGGAAAUACAAGUAUGGCUAUGAGAUUCCUGUGGACAUGCUGUGUAAAAGAAUUGCCGAUAUUUCUCAGGUCUACACACAGAAUGCUGAAAUGAGGCCUCUUGGUUGUUGUAUGAUUUUAAUUGGUAUAGAUGAAGAGCAAGGCCCUCAGGUAUAUAAGUGUGAUCCUGCAGGUUACUACUGUGGGUUUAAAGCCACUGCAGCGGGAGUUAAACAAACCGAGUCAACCAGCUUCCUUGAAAAAAAAGUGAAGAAGAAAUUUGAUUGGACAUUUGAACAGACAGUGGAAACUGCAAUUACAUGCCUGUCUACUGUUCUAUCGAUUGAUUUCAAACCUUCAGAAAUAGAAGUUGGAGUAGUGACAGUUGAAAAUCCUAAAUUCAGGAUUCUUACAGAAGCAGAGAUUGAUGCUCACCUUGUUGCUCUAGCAGAGAGAGACUAAACAUUGUCGUUAGUUUACCAGAUCCAUGAUGCCACUUACCUGUGUGUUUGGUAACAGCAAACCAAAACUGUGGAGGUCCCUGGAUUGAAAAAGGAGCCUCUCCCACUCCUCCUACCACCAAAGUGGUUAGGACUCUAUAUAAAUAAAAACAAGGCUUUUGGAAAAUAA